UUAACGUCUGGGUGGCCAGUGCUUGAAGCCCGCGGUUUACAAAAUAACAAUACGGGAUGAAGAUAAAUAAUCAUAAUAAAGUCUCACUUUAAUUUAGACCGGCCUGAAUGGAUAUCGACGGUGUGCUAAAAUCACGGCAACGAAGUGAGAUUAGAAUGUUUCAUUAAAAACCGUCAAAAAAAGCUGUUUUAGUUGGAGACAACCGAGCGGGUUUGUUUGUCGUAGCAUUAGCAGCAGAGUUAGCAAUCAGUAGGCUAGGCUAGGCAAACAAUGCACGGGAGGCAUCGUCACCUUGUUACCUUGUCAACUCCCGUCAACUGAAACUGCCUUGCCUGGCUAUCCUUGCAAGAGACACAGGCUGCCCACCGACUUAAGGAAUCAUCUCCAGGUGAUAAAAAGCAAUGUCGCUGACAACUGAAGUUCGAUUUGUUGCCGACCAGAGCAUGAGAGAUAAAAGACAGACUAUUUGUGUUGCUCCUAACCUCUCUUCUGGUUACGUGGAUGAUGAAUUUGACCUGAAUAAUUCUUACCCGUGUUCUCGGAGGCCCACGUACAAGAGGAGCCUGCAGCGUCGUCAUUAUCCAGGUUUCAUAGCAGGCUUAGAUGUUUGUACUUCCAUGGCGGAAAGAAAUGAUCUGCUUUCAAGCGUUCUUCCUGGAUCCCAAGCUUCUGCAGUAUCCUUGCCACACCCAGCAACUGCAUCAGAAACAGAGGAGAGACUUUUUACCCACCUUACCUCUGGAGGUUUUGCCCUACCUGGACGCCUGUCUUCUCUUAACCCUAACAAGGCCAUUCUUACUCUUUCCCAUAAAACCAGAGAGGUUUUGUCAGCAAAUGAACAGGCAAGCAAACUAUUUGAGUGCUCUAAUGAGGAGUUAAUUGGGAAAAAGCUGUCUUCUAUCUUAAAGAAAACCAGUCAAGUCCUGGGAGAAGCAUUAGAGGAAGAUUUUCCACUUCCAGAUGGAACUGUUGUGGCUUUAUCUGGAAAAGUGGUUGAUGCUGUGACGUUAUCUGGAGAGGUGCCGGUUUCGGUGUGUACCCGCAGACAGUCACAAAAUGAAGAGCACUUGCUUGUCAUGAUGGAAAGUGUGGAGAGGGUUUCAGCCUUUUUGUCCUUUUCACAAGAUGGCUGUAUCUUAACCUGUGACCAGGCAUUUGCACAUCUUCACGGAUACCACCACCCUGAGGAUUUAAAAGGAAUGUCUGUUAAAGAGCUAAUUCCAUCUUUACAAAUCCCCCGCUCCAGUCAUGCCUUGCCCAAAAUGCUGAGGGUUCAGAGAGUGUCCGGGAAAAGCAGAGGAGGUGCAUGUGUCCCACUCUGUGUGAAACUUCAGGGUGCUGCACUGUGUGGAAAAGCCCUGCACCAGAAUGGGAAGUGUGGUAGCCCCACAGAAGAAGAGCUAAAACUUUCAAAUGGGGAACAAAAGAAACCUGUGGGGAAGACACAAACUUCACAAAAGGAGUGCUGUCCACAGCCUGAGGAGCAGUCAUCAGGUGUUUACGUGGAAGUGGACAGCUUCAUUUUGUCCCCCAAGACAGCUCUGGAGUACUCAGGAACAGUUUGGGUGUUUGCUCCCAUGAGCGGCCUUCUUAUGCUUCAUCCUGAUGGUUCAAUUUUCAGCAUCCAUGACCAUCUGGCCCUCAGUCUGUUUGGGUACAGCAAAGAUGAGCUGCGAGGAAAGAGUGUCACUUUCCUGAUGCCUGGUUUCUACCAGUGGAUGUCUGACUCAGACAGAAAGGCUGGCCUUCUCACUUCUUCCCAUGUAGAGGUCGGCAAGGGUCCAGUGUCAUCUAAAAUAUCAGGAAAAUCUGAACCUUCCUCCCUGGUGGCUGGAGACAUGGCAACUGUACAGCAGGCUGUCCAGGGAAGGACUUCAACAGGAAGGGGUAAGAUCUUUACCGGAACCACCGCAAGGCUGGAUAAAGUAGGCAGUGCUCUGUCCACCCUCUCUCCUCCUGCCGUCAGCUCCACACGCGUCAUUAUAAGCAAUGAUACUACAGAACUGAUGGAGGAAGCAGCGCGAGUAGCGCCCUACUGUGGCCAGCUGGACGGUGUGGACACAACAGAGGCGCUCCUCCAGACGUUUGCCUGGGUGGAACCUCCAGAUGAAGACAUCUGCUCGCUGGCUCCCAGAGAAACACCGCCCCCUAACAGAGCAAAGCAGCUGAGUGAUGUGGCUCAGAAAAAGAAUGCAUCCUCUAUCGAUGUGAUUCCAGUUCAGAAUGGACAUGCUGUUGAGACAGGAGGAGGCAUCUGUGCUGAUUCAGGAAAAAACCAUCGCUCUUGUGCUUCUGUCCUUCAAAACUCAAGUUUUGAGGUCAUCUCACUUGACAGCAGAUCUUCUUCUGGCUUCUGUGAGAAAUUUGCUGGCAACGGUGGUUCCGGUCCAGCCCAGGCACAUGUAGCUGACUCAGCCAGCUUCUACCUGGACAUCAACAGCAAUGGAGAUCAGGUGACUCGGGCCAUGGCUGACCUGGAUCUGAGUGGUAGCCUGGAGCUGCUCAGUGGCGGAGGAUACAACGAGAACCAACACUCCAUGAUAUCUUGCGAUACAGCUGAGCUCCUGCGGACCCCCUCGCCGUGUGUGGUCGGGUCGGACCAGGAAGAAGGGUCUGCUGAGACUUCCUACACGGCCGUGGAGGUCAAAACCAAUCCAAGUGAGGAACCACAGAAGGAGCACCAUGAAGAACACCAGUGGGACAGUCUCUCUGCUAUUCACAAGGGAAAGAGCCAGGAGUGCUCUCUACAAGUGAACAGUGGGACUCAGUCACUGACAGACAUGCCUGCCACGUCCACACCGAAGAAACAGAAGAUUGUUGAGCACAAUCUGUCCUCUCACAGUCCACCGAUACGAGAGGGACGUGGCGAAGGCAGUGGAUACCACAGAGAUGGCACCAGAGUAGAUUUGCAGUGUGACGUCCACAUGACCAAAGACGCUGAUGGAAGCCUCAUGUUCUGUGUGUGGAUCAGCAGGUCUGGCCAGCAGGGGACAUUGUUGCAUACAGAUCGAUCAUUUAAUGAGCAGUCAGGAGUUAGUCUUGGGGAGAAAAGUGGUGAGGUCAGCCAAGGGGAAGGGCUUCACUCCACGGUGGACCUUGAGCAUUCUCGAGCCUGUGACGGACAGUUCAGGGAAGAGUAUCAGCCCCUCAAAGCUGUGGGUAAAGGAGCCUUUGGAUUUGUCUGGAAGGCCAUAAGACGCUGUGAUGGACAAGAGGUCAUAGUGAAAUUCAUUAGCAAGGCCAGAAUAGUGAGUGACUGCUGGGUAGAUGACCCCAUGCUCGGAAAAGUGAGCCAAGAGAUUGCCAUACUGACUCGAGUCCAGCACCAUAACAUUGUCAAGGUGGUGGAGGUGUUUGAGAAUGGGAGUUACUUCCAGAUGGUGAUGGAGAAACAUGGGGAUGGUUUGGACCUUUUUGAAUUCAUAGACAUGCAGCCAAGGCUGGAUGAGCCCCUAGCAAGCUACCUCUUCAGACAGCUCGUGGCAGCUGUAUUCUAUCUGAGGACCAAGAACAUAAUUCACAGGGACAUAAAAGAUGAAAACAUCAUCAUUGACAAGUGCUUUCAUAUUCGACUGAUAGAUUUCGGUUCCGCUGCAGUAUUGGCACCCGGGAAGCUAUUUUACAAUUUCUGCGGCACCCUAGAGUACUGUUCCCCAGAGGUGCUUCAGGGAAAUCCUUAUCGGGGUCCAGAGUUGGAGAUGUGGUCUCUGGGAGUUUUACUCUACACUCUGCUCUUCAGUGAAAACCCUUUCUGUGAUGUGGGUGAGAUCCUGGAAGCUAAACUAAAGCCCCCAUUUCCAUUGUCUCCAGAUUUGCAAGCUGUUUUGCGUGGGCUGCUCCAUCCUGAUCCAAAAAGGAGGAUGACGUUGGAUAGGCUGCUCUUGCAGUCCUGGAUCAGUCAGCCUAUUUCUUUGGUAGAGUACAGCUGGACUGAAGUGCUUCCUGGAUCGGAAAGCUUCUGCUCUCCACAGCAACCACAUCAAGGGUCCAGUCCUCUGGCAUACAUCCGGCCAGGCUUGUUCCUUGAUCAUGGAGAUGAGACUCUCCCCGAAGAAGAGGAGGAUGAGGAAGACGAGGAUGAGAGGCUGUCAAUGGUAGCACUAGAAACUGAGCUCCAGAAGUACUUGCAUGAAGAUUAAAGACAGAAUGUAAAGGGUGUAAAGCCUAAAAGUCCGUCCUACUUUUGGUCUGCAAUGUCUUCUGAUGAUGCAAGUAGCAAAAUAACAAAAGGGAAGCUUGUUUCAUACCAAGACAAACUAGUUUGAAGAAUCGACUCAGAGAAACGGAUGAAGCUAGAUGUCGUAUCACUUUACAGUUGUUGUUUUUUAAUAUAAUGUAUUUUAUGUAUGCAUAGGGAACACCUUUAGUUACAAAACAAUAAUGAUGCUCCCAGCUUUAAUAUCAAAAGCCUAAAUUACAACAUGGAGCUGUUUAAAGUGCCUUUUUUAUCAACCUAAUUUUAAUCUUUUAAGUUUUAUUUAAUGUAAGUAUAGUUGCAAUAUUUUAUAUAUUUAUUUUUAAAUGCAAUAAAUAUUUGA